CGAUGCAACAGCUCCUCUCGAAGCUCUCAUACUUUAACCUCCUUGCUUCUGCCUUAACAUUUGCAGCCUGAUCUGUCUACAUGCCUGGAUGCCUGAAGAGAGCAAACAUUUACAGCUUCUCCCUCCCCUGUCUUUAGAGGGCAAUUUGAUCCUUCUUUGUCCAUACUCUUAGACUUGACUUGUUAUUGGGAACAACAAAUUGCAACUUGAGGAAUCUGCUGUUUCCUUUGCUCAAAAAUGGACUCAGACUCUGAUUCACCUUUUAAUUACUCUUGGCCUUCCUUACCUAAAAUGAGGAUUCGAAGAAGGGCAUCCAAACCAGAGCAGAGACACUCUACCCUUGAUAUUCUCAGGAAACUCAAGGCUCCACCUGCUUUCUUUGCUGCAACCAGACUUUCUGCCAUGCUGAGUGAAAGUGAUGAAGUAUAUGCAAACUGCAUGGUAGUAGAUCAGCCACUGCAUUCACUGCAGAUACACCUCAUUGCAACAGAUGAGAUGGAAUUUCAGUCAGAGGCCAGUGUGUUCCAAAUGCAUGCUGGAGAUUUAAAGACUAACUACAUUCAUGAAGAUGGUGUUAGCAAUCAAACAUGUCUAAAUCCCACCAACUCAAUCCCAAUGGCUAAGAGCUCGUCAUCUCCCUCCCUUGAAGAAAAUGACCAAUAUACAUAUGUUGCAGAUGAAGGCAAUCAAAGGCCAGUGAAAAGUGAAAAAUACGCAGGUUUAAGUCACACCGUUUCACUGUCUGAUCCAUAUAGAGCGGAUUCAUACCUGCCAUUCAAGACCCACGGAUUUAUUAAGGAUCGGGGACAACUUUAUGCUGACAUGAAAAGAAGAAGUUCAAGCCUCGAUGACCUUGAAGUAGAUGGUGGAAGUGGACGUGUUCCAGACAUGUCCCAUGCUCACUGUGCUCCUCUUGGCUCUUCAGAGACGAUGGCUUGUAGCAGAGAUGGAUUAGACUUAUCUCGCAGUCUGCAGCCCAAGGAGUGCACAAUAUCUGGGACUCGGUCACGCUCCUAUUCCUGCUCCUCGCCCAAAGGUUUGUUAGGAAGGCCUCGCAUUCCUCAGGACUUUGCAGAUGGGAAUCUGAAUGAAGAGCGAGCUUACAGUCUGCCUGAGCAGUCACGACAGAAAAGGUUUCAGGAGGAAGAAUGGAAUAAAUACAUUGUACCCUCAAAAAAUGAGUCUGAAAAAUGUAAAGUGAGUCGGACUUUCAGCUUCUUGAUGAACAGAAUGGCCAGCACACGGAAUAAGUGCAAGACAAAAAAUAGAGAUACCAAAGAUAAAGAGAAACUGAAUAAGCACAAUUUUACAAAUGGGACCUUCUCAGGAGUUAUCCCCUGUAUGGCUUGUGAAAAGGCUCUCCUAGGAAAGGAGUCGCUGCAGUGCUCCCAUUGCAACGUAAUUGUGCAUAAGAACUGCAAAGAGUGUGCUCCUGUGUGCGCCAAGAAAUCCCAGGAGAGACACCAUAAUAAAAACAAACUGCAAGCUGGUGUAACAAAUUCCCUGCCCGGAGACAGUUCACAGACAGUGCUCUCCCUAGUGCAUCCUUCUUCCUCUGUGCCUAUUGGACUGUCUGCUGCAAGGAGGGAAGCCUCACAACAGUCCCACUUCUUGUCCAAAAGUGUCCCCAGUGCCAGUUUUGAAAGAAGAUCUACAGUAUUUUCUGAACAAGACUCUGAGACUAGCGCUUGGAGGUCUAAGUCACGGUCUGAAGAGAUGUUACAAGCGUUAGGAACCUUUUCUUCAAUGGAUCAGUUUAUGAUGGAAGAUGAUGUGGAUUUGCCUCAGUGGACUGAUCUCCGCACAGAUGCGCAAGAGUUUGAGGCAGAGUCCUGGAGUCUUGUUGUAGACCCAGUAUUCUGUAGCAAGCAAGAAAAGGAUGUCAUGAAGAGGCAGGAUGUAAUUUUCGAGCUGAUGCAAACAGAAGUGCAUCACAUCCAUACCCUGUUCAUUAUGUCUGAAAUAUUCAGGAAAGGGAUGAAGGAAGAACUGCAGCUGGACCACAGCACAGUGGACAGAAUAUUCCCCUGCUUAGAUGAGUUACUAGACGUGCACAGGCAAUUCUUCUACAGAAUGAAGGAGAGACGGCAGGAAUCAUGUGAGGUGGGGAGUGAACGUAAUUUUGUCAUCAGCAGAAUUGGAGACAUCCUUGUGCGGCAGUUUUCAGAGGAAAAUGCAACUAAAAUGAAGAAAAUAUAUGGGGAUUUUUGCAGCCAUCAAAAAGAAGCUGUUAAUCUCUUCAAGGAGCUGCAACAAAACAAGAAGUUCCAGAAUUUUAUUAAACUGAGAAAUAGUAACCUAUUGGCGCGACGACGAGGAAUACCUGAGUGCAUUUUGCUCGUUACCCAGCGAAUCACCAAAUACCCUGUUCUGGUUGAAAGGAUAUUGCAAUACACAAAAGAUGGAACAGAAGAACAUAAAGACCUGUGUGAAGCCCUUUCUCUGAUUAAGGACAUGAUUGCAGCAGUAGAUUUGAAAGUGAAUGAAUAUGAGAAAAAGCAAAAGCUACUGGAAAUUCUCAGUAGAACUGAAAACAAAACAUAUACAAAGCUGAAAAAUGGCCAUGUUUUUAGGAAGCAAGACUUGAUGAAGAAAGAAAGAAUACUUCUUCAUGAAGGUUUAGUGUACUGGAAGACAGCAACUGGUCGUUUCAAAGACACUUUAGCGCUGCUUCUAAGUGAUGUACUACUGUUCUUACAAGAAAAAGAUCAAAAAUACAUCUUUGCAGCCGUUGACCAGAAGCCCUCUGUUAUCUCCCUUCAGAGGCUCAUAGUAAGAGAAGUAGCCAAUGAAGAAAGGGGGAUGUUUCUGAUUAGUGCUUCGUCUGCGGGGCCUGAGAUGUAUGAGGUUCAUACGAACUCCAAAGAGGAACGUAACAGCUGGAUGGGGCAUAUUCAAGAUGCAGUGGAAAGUUAUCCAGAGGAAGAAGGAAAAAUGAGUGAAUCUGAUGAGGACAAACGCAUUGCUGAGGCCAAAGCAUCCAGAAUUCAGAAAUGUCAAGAAUCACUGAGCAACCAGGAUCAGCAGAUCUGUAAUUAUUUGGAAGAGAAAUUGCGUAUCUAUGCAGAACUGGGAUAUAUAAGUGGGUUUGAGGAUGUUCAUGUAGAACCUCGCCUCCUUAUCAAACCUGAUUCUGGAGAAACUCCACAGGCUGCUUCAUUGGUGACAGCAGCACUCAGAGAAGUUGAAAGUCUUCAUGUUGCUGUAACAACAUCACAAGUGAAUGAAACAAACAGGUCACCGGAGGAGAGUAUUGAGGCAGUAGGUGUGAAGCACAGACUUAGUGCCAAAGAAAUCUUGGAAUCUGUUCCUGGUGAUGCAGAAAAAAAAGAAGAAUCAUCAUCUGAAGUUGAUCUCAGUGUUGAAAAGGAAAUGGCAGGUGCCAAUCCAGAGGAUAAGGGAGGAAGUCUGAAUUUCCCAGGAUCUACAGGAACAGAGAUUGUACAAGCAAUCCAGAACUUAACCCGACUCUUGUACAGUAUACAGGCAGCAGUAGUUAUCCAGGACAGCCACAGAGAGCUCCAUAGGUUACUCCUGCAAGAGAAUGAGAAGACUGGUCGGGCCCAUGGUUCUCGACUAAACUUCCUUCUGGAACAAGAAAAAUACCGGAAUCUGGAAAAACAAAGGGUAGAGCUGGCCAGCAUACACAAACUGAAGCAGCAGUUUCAGCAAGAGCAGCAGCGGUGGAUGCGUGAAUGUGACCAGCGGCAGCGGGAGCAGGAGGCGAGGAAGGACCAGCUAGGGCAGUGGGAGAGAGAGUGUGAGUGCCAGGAGGAGCUGCUGGAGAGGAGCCGACAGGGACUGGCACUGCAGAUCCAGGAGUACCAGCAGAGUCUGGAGAGGCUCCAGGAGGGCCAGAAAAUGGUGGAGAGAAAAAGAAACAGCAUGAAAAUGCAGAAGCAGCUACUCUGGCACUGGAAGCAUGGUCAAAAAAGUAGCCUGCUGUCAUCUACAGGGAGCUAUGAGAUAAUGGGACCUAAUCGAUCGGACAGCUUACAUGGCAAAAAUAAAUUCUGCUUAAAUGAAACUGUAGUAUGUGUGUCUCUAAGCAGUCUCAACAGAUCAGAUUCUUCUCUCGUUUAUGAGGAUGGUGUGUGUGGGCUGAACAUCUCAAAUUCUGACAUAGCAAGGACUAGUAAAAACCAGAUGGACUUCAACAUGGACGCUUCUUGUCAGCCAACGUUAACCAGUGCACUCUGGAAAUCCACUGGUCCUUACCAGCAAAUGUCUUUUUCCUACAAAAGCAACAAGGAUGCCUUUAAUAAUGAUCUGAAUGCAUCAGAGACCUGGGGUCCCGAAACAAGCAUUCCAAAACAGGAAUCCAUCCAGCCACCACAGGUAGAUGCACUGCUGCUGAACCGCCAGGCUGAGAGCCAGCAGGAUGCAGAAAAAGGAGACAGAGUAGAGGAGAAGAUUGUUUACCUCUGAUGGCUUGUUUUCUAAUCUCAAUAGCACUUUGGAAAUAUAGUUGGUUUUGCUUUUCUAAAUGUCUGUAGUUGUUCUCUGUAUGACCAUAUGGCUUUAAGGAUAGUAUUUAAUAUACAAUGCAAGAUUUUCCCCAAGAUAAAUAUAACAAUUAAGUUAUUUUGAAGUGUUUGUUCUAUAAUCUUUAAUUUAUGAUGUGAUUUCAAACAAUUCACAAGAAACAAUGAGUGGAAGAGGGGAUGAAAUAUUUUGGAGUUGUAAAGAUGCCACCAAGAGCUUUGAAGGCUAGUGAGUAUCUUUCUUUGAAUCCUCUUUUUACAACGGCAGGCUAAGAGAAUUUGGUCUGCUAUUUGAGAUAUCAGGAUAUGGAUUAGUAACCUGACUGUUCGGAUAUAGUAUGCAAGGACAGCCAUGUAAGAAUGAUGGCUGUAGCCUUCACUGAGCUAUGCUAUAUACCCUUAACUAUCAGGUCGUUUUCCUUAUCCUCUGGCUCAGGACAUGCUCAGAAGGGGAUGUUUUUUCAUGGUCUCAACUUAAUUGCAUAAUUGUGUUUAUUCAUGUUGCAAAGCUUAACAUCGUUUUGCUACUACUACCAGUUUCCAUACAGAGAUGCUGUGAAUCAGUUUGUUAUUGUGUCAUAACUGUACCUCAUUUCAGUAAGUGCCUUUAUGCAUUAAAAUAUGCAAGAUGAAGCCAUCUCAGUGGUCCAAAAAAAGGGUAGAAAUAGCAGAGCUUUAGUUAACUGAACCCUCUUGAAACUUGGCUGCUUUCCCAUGUAGGUGCCAGCUAGCUUCCUGCUUUUAGGUUCACGGGAUCAU